AUGGCAUCCACAACACACCGGGACCCCGGGACCGGAGCCGGAGCCGGAGCCGGAGCCGGAGGACUCCACAUCAACCACACCACUACCGGAGCCGACCGCGAAGCCGAAAACCGCCACCACAGAACCCCCCGUACCGCAAAAUGGUACAAAAUCCAUCUCUUCCGGGGCAUGGUCAACGAUCUCCGUCGUCGCGCCCCUUACUAUCUCUCCGACUGGACCGACGCCUGGAACUACCGCGUGGUUCCCGCCACGGUAUACAUGUACUUUGCCAACAUUCUCCCCGCCCUCGCUUUCUCGCUGGACAUGUUCACCAAGACGGACCGGAUGUACGGAGUCAAUGAGGUGUUGCUUGCCAGUGUUUUGGGCGCCGUGGUAUUCAGUGUCUUGGCUUGUCAACCGCUCGUCAUAGUAGGUGUCACGGGGCCGAUUACGGUUUUCAACUACACCGUUUACGACAUCAUGGAGCCGACGGGGACCAACUACAUGGCCUUUAUGUGCUGGAUCGGUCUCUGGUCCUUGGUAUUUCACUGGAUUUUGGCUGUCACCAACUCGUGCAACUGGCUGCGCUACGUCACGAGGUUUCCGUGCGAUAUUUUUGGAUUUUAUGUGGCGUUUAUCUACCUGCAAAAGGGGGUUCAGGUGCUGCAGCGGCUAGGAGACGCAGCGCCGUUUUAUCUAUCGGUUGUUGUGGCGCUUUGCGUCUUUGCUAUCGCGUACAUCUGUGGUGAACUGGGCGGUAGCAGUCUGUUCAAUCAUACCGUUCGCGUCUUUUUGAAGGACUAUGGGACGCCGUUGACAGUGGUGUUCUUCACGGGGUUUGUCCACUUUGGAAAGCUGGAGCAUAUCCAUUUGGAGCACUUGGAGGUUAGCAAGGCGUUCUUCCCGACGCCGCAUGAAGAUGGCUGGAUCAGAGGGUGGUUUAUUCACUUUUGGGAUAUCCCCGUGGGACAUGUUUUCUUGGCUAUCCCGUUUGCUUUGCUGUUGACUAUUCUCUUUUGGUUUGAUCAUAAUGUCUCCUCCCUCAUUGCCCAAGGCACUGAAUUCCCCCUCCGCAAGCCCGCCGGCUUCCACUGGGAUCUCUUUCUCCUCGGCCUGACCACCGGCGUCUCCGGCCUACUCGGCAUCCCCUUUCCCAACGGCCUCAUUCCGCAAGCACCCUUCCACACUGCCUCUUUGUGCGUCACCAAAGUCGUCACAAACGAUGACACGGACGUCGACUCCACUGAAUCCAAGGGCCAUCCUUCGGAGUCAUAUCAAUUUAAACCCAUCUCCGUAGUCGAACAACGCGUCUCCAACCUUGCCCAAGGUCUGCUCACCUUGGGAACCAUGACUGGUCCCCUCCUCGUCGUUUUACAUCUAAUCCCGCAAGGCGUGCUAGCAGGCCUCUUCUUUAUCAUGGGCUACCAAGCCUUGGCGGGGAACGGAAUCACCCAGAAGCUUAUCUUCCUCUGCAAAGACAGUCGGCUGACCAACCCCAACCAUCCGCUUAACAAUAAAGCCCUGCGAAGAAGCCGGGUUUGGCUGUUUGUGAUUAUCGAGCUCAUAGCGUUUGGAGCGACGUUUGCUAUCACCCAGACUGUUGCCGCGGUGGGGUUCCCAGUGUUUAUCUUUGCGCUGAUUCCGGUUAGGGCGGUGUUGUUGCCGAGGUGGUUGAGUAAGGAGGAGUUGGCGGUCUUGGAUGGGCCGACGGCUAGUCCGUUUACUAUGGAGAGUGUCGGGGGCAGUUAUGGUGGUGUUGAGGAGGAGGAGGAGGAGAGGACGGAGGAAGGGGACAUGGGUGAGGAGAGUAGUGGGGGUGGUGAGGGCGGUGGUGUUCUCUCUUCGGGGGCGGAGGGGAAAGGAAAAAGUCUAAGAAGGUGGCCG